UAUCUGGUCGGUUGAAAAAUAAAAAACGUAGCUCAAGAAGAAAUUCACGUGUAUUUUGUCUCUUGAUGUAAGAUAUUGAAACUGUUCUUGGCUUUCCUUUUCUCAUUUCUCACUUAACCACUCGAUUCACUUUACACCACACAUUAUAAGUGUGCCUAAAAAAAAUCUCUCAUUACAUAAAUUUCUCUUUCUUCUUCAUUUCAUUCUUAUUUAAGAUUUAUAAUCUGCUCAAUCGCUUGUAAGCAACUUCUAAGUUCUUUAAUCGCUUUCCAUUUAUAGUAAACCUUUUUUUUUCCCACAUAGAUCUAAGUUCGAGAUCUUCUUUGAUCUCCAAUGGAUUCUAUCUCUGUCUCUGAGGUUACUGUUAUUGGAAGAACACAUUUGGGUUUUAUGCACAGUUUCAGACAGCCAUUUUCUGGUGUUCCAAUGUCUCCAAAGUUCUGUUCUUCCAGAGUUGAAGGGCCAAGGGCAAUAUCAUCAAGUGAUACCAACACAAAGAGCCAAUUUGCUUAUGGAGAACGCAUAGCUGCAACUAGUUCAGAUUCAGGUUACAAGAUCAACGGAGUAAAUCUAAAAAGCAGAACACUCAUCAGUUCUGUUAAAGAAGGAUUAUUACUUGAUGCUAAUGAUGAUGCGUAUGGUGGAGUAAUCGUUGAUCCUGAAAAAUUACCAUCAUUAAUGAUGUUUUGUGGAUUUUUGCAGGAAGGUUUUGAGUAUCAUCAUGCAGAGAAAGGAUAUGUGAUGUUAACAUAUUGGAUACCGGAGGAGGAACCUAGUAUGCUUCCUGCAAAUGCUUCACAUCAAGUCGGUGUUGGAGGUUUUGUAUUAAAUCAACAUAAAGAGGUGCUUGUGGUACAAGAAAAGUACUGUGCUCCAUCGAUUACAGGUCUAUGGAAGUUACCAACAGGGUUUAUUAAUGAAUCUGAAGAGAUUUUCUCUGGUGCUGUAAGAGAAGUGAAGGAAGAAACUGGGGUAGAUACAGAGUUCUUAGAGGUUAUAGCUUUCAGACAUGCUCACAACGUUGCGUUUGAGAAAUCUGAUCUGUUCUUCAUCUGUAUGUUGAGACCUCUCUCUGAUAAGAUAAUCAUCGAUAGUCUUGAGAUCAAAGCCGCAAAGUGGAUGCCAUUGGUGGAGUUUGUGGAGCAACCGAUGAUCAGAGAAGAUAAAAUGUUUCAAAGAGUGAUUGAAAUCUGCGAGGCGAGAUUAAGCCAUCGGUACUGCGGUCUUUCUCCCCAUCAACUUGUCUCUACUUUUGAUGGCAAACCUUCUUCUCUCUAUUACAAUGUUGUUGAUGAUGAUCAUGAUCCUUCCAACUCCAAUUGUAACACUGAUUUCUUAUAAAUAGAACGGAUCAAACCGAACCAAACAAAAUGCUGUAUAUACUUAUUCACAUGUAAUGUGUAUUGUAUUUACACUC